AGUAGUAGUAGUAGUUGCUGUAGUAAUAGUGGUAAUAGCAAUCAUUGAGACAAGUUUGUCCGGAAUCCAUAUGGUUGUUCAUCGAUAUAAUUAUUUUUUGCGAGCGUUUUACAGCGAGACCGCUCGGCAAAUGCGUUUUUACAAACUGAUUAUCAUCGCUCUAGACUGAUAUUAUAUAGACUUGACAUACGUUUAGACUAUUCCCAUUCAAAUUUGAAUAGAAAAAGUCAAUCGAGUCACGUGGCUGUAAAUCAAUCAAGAAUGUAUGUUUGAAAUCAAUGUGAUUUAUGAGAACGAUGAUGAAAGUAAGGAGUAAAAUGACGGAAAACGUUAGUCAGUCAGCCGUUUACGAUGGUCAUGAAGACUGAUUUGGUGAGCAUAAUCUCAUUGUGGAAUACGAAUGAAAAACGUAAGUUUGCAUUAAGCAAAUGGUCAGAGCAGAAGUGGACACUGUACAAACAUCAUGGGAUAAGAAGGAUGACCAGGUUUGCUCAUGCACUGCUCUUGGACUGGUCGGCAUAUGACUGACAUUUUCACGAGAACUAAAUUUAACAUCAACUAGACGGGAAUUCGCUGGACCUUGUGGUGGUUCCCAACAAAAGGAGCUUAUAAACGUUAUGUCAAUACACUAGUUUAUUAAUAAUAUACCAAAAAUAAUUAAUAGUAAAAAACACCAAAGUGUGUCUGUGAGUAAAAACCAAGAGUAACAAAAUAUAGUUAUGAUACAAAUGGUAUAUUAUACAAACGGACAAUAAGAGUUACUAUAGAAUAAAUGUUACUUGUGAGCUGCUUCGUGAGAACAACAACCACAAAUAAGUUCACUUGAUUAACGAAGGUUCCUCUGCAAGUAAUUGCACCAACGGUGUAUUGAGAUAGAUAUCGUCCAAUAGUAUUAUAAUAUAAUAAUCCGUGCCAGAAUUCCAACGUGGUGUUCGGAACGGCUAAAGGAAUGUUAUAACACUAUUAUAGUCUUUAAUCAAAAACCGUGGUCAAUAAGGCAGAAGAACAAACGGUGCAGAUAGGCAACGCUCCUAGGGUAUCGUCCACUGAUAGGGGUUCCAAGCACUUGAAGGUCAAACUGUCGCAAAAUGAUUGGUGCUUCACAUCGACAAUUCGUGAAAAUUUUCAGAAGCGGUCAAAUCAAGACAUUUUUAGAUUUGAAUUGAGUUCAGCCACACCAUGUCUGGUAACGUUCAUUCUUCAAGUAACGAAGACGAUGCCAUCGUGAUGAUGCAUGAUAUAGGACGAAUCUCCAACGAUAUUAUGUUAUCUCGAAGAUUUACAAGUUGGGACAAUUUUGAGACCUGUUUGAAAGAAGUACAUAAGCAUACGCAUACUGAGUACGUUAUGUCAGUAUGCAAAAAGAACAGUGAUGAUCCAACUCUAAAGUACUUUUUCGUGAGAUAUGUCUGUACAUAUGGACGUAAACGCAGUUCGUCAGAGUCAUAUGCUUGCGUUCAGGAUGUAGAUGAUGAUAGUAAUAAUCAUUCUUCUGAAGAGCAUACAACUUCUAACUCGCCAACACAACCUAGGCAAAGGAGACGACGUCGGUCAUCUACGUAUGCCUUACUUCAAAUGAAUUUAUCCUUCAGGUCGAAAUAUUGCGUUUCAAUGACUACAUGCUGCCCUGUAGUCAUAUUUUAUAUGCACAUUCUAAAGAUCUGAUUCGUGGAGGUAUGUUUGUUCCUUUAUCUCUAUAAGUUUUGUAGACUUAUUUCGACAUAGCAACAAGUGGACAAGAAAAUGCAUAACGGACCUGGUUCUUCGUGCGCUGGACAACAUCUCAAUCUCUACAGGGAGUGAUGAUCUGCUAGAGAAGUUCACUACCAACUACCACUCAAUCCAUGCUCUUAGUGAACCUUUGGCAAGUAAACUCAUCCGUUCAUGCCUCGAAGCAUCGGAAGACAUGCGCACAAGUGAUGAGUUCAAUUGGUGCUAAUGACGAGCUACAACGUCAGAAUCCAUUGUUAAUACAGACCAUAGCUAUGCUUCUUGAUAACAAGUUCUAAUAUUGUAAUCUUUUUAGUUUUACAUAAAUUCAUUUAUAUGGCCA